AAAGGAUGGACGAACUGACAGGAUUUCCUCCAGUUAAUAUCGUAUAUUCUCUUUAAUUGUCUUGUAGUUUUUUUAUUUUUUAUUAAUAUUUUAUUAGCAUUACCUUUUGAACACAUAGGGUAUGCUUGCAACCUUUGUUAGUUAUACAACCAGAAGUUAACUGUCAGCCGGACAAUAAACAAAAAGGAAACUGUUUGUCAUCUUAUUUUCUUGAGUUAUCACAAUUGCAUUGGUAUAAAGGGAGUAGGAAAAGUGAGACUCAUGUUAUAUGUCAGGUUUGUGUUCAAGUAAAUGCAUUUGCUAACGUUUGCCACUGUAGUACAUGUAGGCGUCUAGUAUACACUCUCAGUUUAUCUUUAACAUACACACUUGGUUUCUCUGUCUGGUGAGUGUAGAUGUCAAGACACUUAAUAAGAUUAGAUUGAGAGCUCUAGUCAGACACUAAUAUCCGUGAUUGAACUGUUUUACUUCUCUGAACUGUGUGACUAUUGAAUAAUCAAAUGCAAAAAAAAACUGCAUAUUCCUCCUUUAUUAAUUAAAUAUAAAUCACUUAACUUAACCGGUUGUUUUCGAGGAUACUUGUCCAGCUGAAGUACGGAAGUCUCCCUCUAGUCUUAAAAUUAGAAACACUUGACUUCCUAUUUGAUGAUUUAGACCUUUUAUAGAGCUCUGAAGUGGAGUUCACUUUAUGCAGUGUGUGGUGUGAAGCAGUUUUAAUUAUAUUAACGUGUUCAGAUCACAGCAACAACAUGAGGAUUAUUCAGCUUCAGUUCUGUGUAUUUAUGUGGUUGCAAGCAGCAGAGACUUUAGAUCAACUGACUGAUUUGGGACAGAAUGUGACUAUAAACUGUGAUCUGGAUGAUGAGGACGUUUAUUGGGUUUUACAGAAACAAUCAGAUUCUCCUACAGUGAUACUGCGCUCAUUCUCAAACCCAACAUUAGCCUAUCACUUCAAUAAAACAUUGAAAAAUAAAUAUUCAGUACAAUCUAAACAUCGUCUGGUCAUAUAUAACGUCACUGUAGAUGAGUUAGGAGUUUAUUACUGUAUGAACAAAGAUACACCUCCAAAACUCAGUCACAGCACACGACUGAACAUCAUUGAACCAACUCAACUGAGCGAGUUCAAUACAACUGAAUGCAAGAAUCACACAAAUGUAACAGAGCGAAACUCAACACAAUUGAAGACUUUCACUGUCAUAUCAGGUCUGCUGAAUGCUGUUCUGAUCAUUACAGGAUUCUUAAAUGUUGUUUCUGCUGAAAAUGGAUGUUGGAACAGAUCUGGAAACAGUUCACAACUUUAUAACACUGAACUGCAUCAGACACAACAUUUAAAAGAGCCUCCAGACCCAAAUCAAUUACAGUAUGUGACAGUGGUUUUCCGAGCUGUUUAAAAUAUUAAGAGCAGCCAGAUCAACAGCACCUACUGUAUGUUGCUAAAAAGCUGUCAAAGUAAAUCUGUAUCUGUGUACGGUGUCCUUGAUUGCCUAGUAUAUUGCCUUGAAUGACGAUAGUAAUGUUUUUCAAAUGUUUAAAUCAGUUUCAAUUUGUAUAAAAAUUCUAAUUUUGAAGAAGAAAACUAUUUUAUGUUUACCAACUUUCUGUUUUGUCUUGAUGUAUGAACAAAAGCGCUGCCAAACAAAUAUAUCCAAUUGUUUUUUCUGGAAUUUGUCUUUUAACAUCACAUGAGUGUUUAGGCCUAUGUGUGACAUAUUUUCAUUUUCAGCAAAUACUUGAAUAAAUAUAAUAUAAAGUCAACAAAAUGAU